UCCUGCUUCCGGUGCACCGGGCGCCCCAGGAGAGGAAGACGCCGGGGCCGGCUGCAGAGUGCUUCUUUUGACGCCUUUAACUUCGGGGGCUGGUCGGGCCGCCCGGCGCCUUCAUUCAUGAGCCUUCCUUAAUUGGCAGCUAGCCGGUCUCUUGGUAAGGCGGUGACGUCACUCGGCGGGGGGAGCGCAGUCGCCACAGUCGCAGAAUGUUCCUGGGCAGAGGGAGAUCCCUGGCUCGCUCAUGCCUGCCUUCUGUGCUGCUAGUCCUUGCAACGGCUGCCAUGGCAGGUGCAAACGGUUGCGAUCCAGUGGGGAAAAAAGGAAGCGAGUCCAGUAGGGAACUCGCCCUGCUGAAGAGGUUGGAUCCGCUUCUCAAUCACAGUUUCACAACCAUUGUAGAAAAUGCAACCGAAAAAUACAAAUACGUGUUCCAAGUGUGUCGAGGGAUCGCAGACAGCGGGAACACUUCCGGCCUGGUGCAGAUCGACGAGAAAAACCGAAAAACCACCGUGGUGGGACGAAUCACUGAAACCCAUGUUACUAGCGGAACCGAGUGGAUUAUGCUGACCUACAAAGGGGGGGAUAAAUACGGCAGUCACUGUGGGAACGAGAAGAGGAAAGCCAUGGUCAUGAUCACCUGCAACCGGAAGACACUUGCAGGGGACUUCACCAUGGUGGGAGAAGAGCGAGAGAAGGAAGAGGAAUGUUUCUACCUUUUCGAGCUGGAGAGCAGCGUGGCCUGCCCGCCCGUGGACUCGCACCUAAGCGUGGGUUCCAUAUUGCUGAUCACGUUUGUAUCACUGGUCGGUGUAUACCUCAUCGGGGGUUUCCUCUACCAGCGCCUGGUGGUGGGAGCAAAAGGCAUGGAGCAGUUUCCCCAUUUUGCUUUCUGGCAAGAUAUGGGCAACCUCGUGGCGGACGGCUGUGACUUCGUGUGCCGGUCCAAGCCUCGCAACGUGCCCAACGCGUACCGCGGCGUCGGAGACGACCAGCUCGGCGAGGAACCCGAAGAGCGGGACGACCACUUACUGCCCAUGUGAUUCGCCUUCUGCUGCUUCCUCCCCUCGGUGUUCACAUAAGCGGGUGUUAACUCAGCCACUUCUCCUGCCCCCCCCCCCCCCGAUCUCUGCCUCUCACCUCUUGAGCCGCUUGCUUUCACUAUGGCUGCCCUGGGUUUUUUCGCCCCCUCCCUUAUCUGACUGAAUGCUCUGCUGAGGCUGGGGGAACCUGUCAUGAAGGAAGAGUUGUAGAGAAAGGGGAUUCAGACCAGAGCUCACGGCAGCAAAAUGAUUCACUGCCUCCUGAGGCGGAGGUUUUGCCCCACCGCUGGGGAAAUCCUUGGAAGUGUUGGAGAGGUCUGCUCACACGAGGAAGCAACCGGUAGACGGGAGGUUGGGGAGACCUGUUCGGUUUUACACGACUGCCCAUUUUUCUAUCAGCCUUCCUCUUUGAAACACUGGAUUUCCUGUUUUGAAUGAUUCCACUGUAUUUUGUUUCGGGCCUGCGUAGCAAUGGCAUAAGCAAAGCUCGUUUGUACUUUUCGGACGCAACUUCAGGGAGCUCUCGCCAGUCUUUUCAAGCCCUCCUGGGAGGCACGGUAGCUAAACUACAUGAAGGAUCUUUCUCUCCCGCUUUUUAACCAAAAGCCUAGACGCCAGGAGGGCGUUUGUGCUUAUUUUGCUAAGUAGGUCAAAUGGGAAAGGGGAUGUAUUAUUUUAGAAAGGGUUAAGAGGCGAGAGUCCCUUCCUUGAAUGGUUUUGGUUCAGGCACCGAUUCCCACUGGAUCGAUCCAUUCUCUCGGAAAGCUUUAUCAGUAAGACGGGUCGUUCAGCUUUAAUUGUAAAUGCAAUAGUGGCAGGGACUGAAAGUGAAAUGCUGCUGUCAAACCCCAGUCGGGGUCAGUUCGGGUCACAGGAUAGGUAAGACAGAACUGACGGAGGGAGCUACAGCCCCCAGACCGUUGAAGGACUGCAGGAGUCUUCUCAGAGUGCUUGUAGCUGACACCCUGCUAGGAAAUGUUAACUGAAGGCGCUGAACCACCAGGAAAGGUGAGUUUCGACUAGUUUUUGUUUACAAGAGCCGGGAAAAUUAUAGUGCCCUUAACAGCCCGUCUCGGCUGUUUCUGUUCUGUGCUCUUAAGAUGUGAUGGCAAGUCCGCUCUGUGCCGGCAUUUGCUUUUGGGUAAGGCGGGGCAGGAAGGAUUUGCUUGCUUUUAUUUGGAGGGCUUCCUUUUACUUGUGGCCGCAGGCAGACGGUGGGGGUUCCUUUUACUUGUGGCUGCAGGCAGACGGUGUUACUGCAAAGCAUUCGGGAUUUAUCUCAGUGCAGCUGGAGCCAAGAGGACGCGGUUCACAUCAAGUCCAAAGAGGCCUGAAUUUGCUGGCAGCACCAGCCUCCUUUCGCAGGGAUAUCACACACACCUCCAGUGGACAUUUUGCCAGCCGGGCAAGGAUGUAGCUGGACUUUAGUGACUAAAACCUGAAGGGUGGAAGAAACGGAUUCAUCAACCUUGACAGUCAGGCUUCUCAGCUUCGGGGAAAAAACACAAAUCACUGCGUCGUGGUCACUUUUUUAUGGUGGUGUUUGGAAAUCUUUGUACAAAAACUUGAAAAUAAAGAUGGCUUGGAAGCCCC